UGGUAUUUUAUCAUAGACUGUUUUAGGAAGUCAGAUCACCAUUGUCUCUGUCACAGUAAGCCAUGAUGGGGGUCCUCCGUCUCUGCCUGUCCCUGGCUUGCCUCCUGCAUGUCACCUGGGAGAGUCCAGUGGAGUCCUGCGCAGACAGAAAAACACCAACCGAUGUCACACAGAUAAAUGGCCUAUGGAACCUGAAAGCAAUAAGCACAUCUCAGAGCCGAUACCUAGUUUUUUUGACAGAAAUAUCGUAUGGUUUCAUGAAAUUAUCAGCAACGGAGGAAGUGGCAAAUAUGACAGGAUUCUUCAGCCCCAUGGUUGGAAUCAGUGGUAGACAUCUUCCACUUGACAGAGUGCAUAGUGAGGACGAUUCUCUGACCUACGGCUUUACAGCUGGCCAAGCAAGCGGAAGUAGUACUCAUGAAUCAACACGGAGAGGUCUUAUUGGUACUCUGACAUUUGUUCAACCUCUUCCUGACACCUUAGUCAUAUACCAGAGAGAAAAAGGAAACUUGACAGUGUCUAUUUUAUACAUCAGAUCAACUUCAGUUCCAGAAUCAGAAAUGGAGCAUUUUAGACAAUAUGUUAAAUGCAAAGACUUUCCCUAUUUCAAGGAGUUUCCUGUCGCCAAAGAUUAUGCACAGAAAUGUUUUGGACUAUUUGAAGAGCCGAAACAUCUUGAGGAAAUUCAGGAUGAUUUCACCUCUUUGCAUCUUCUGGCAAAGUCUUCCAGUGCUGCCGACCACCAUUACAACCUUAGAAUCCUGUAUACCGCAAGGCUGGAGAUCAGCAAUGAGCUGGGAGAGUAUACCAUACGGGAAAUCAUCACCGCGCCGGCUGAUACCACCCUGCUAGAGCUGAAGUAUAUCAACAAAACCAGUUCAGGUCGGCUUAGAGUCUUAAAAUUCAAGACGGAGGAGGAUUUGUUUCUUCUGGGAGUAGAAAAUGAGUCAGGAAAAACAUUAUAUCUGGCAUCUAAAAAGCCAACAGCAAGUCAGGCCGUAAUUGAAACAUUUAAGAAACAGGCCGAGUGUUUUGAAACAAAAUAUAAUUACCUCAUACCGGGUAGCAUCAAGAAAGAUGAUGAUGCAGCUGGCGCUUGUGCUGAUAAGCUGGAGCAGAGGGUCCCCAUUAAGUUCCGAGAAUCCAUAGGUAAAUGGAUCCUGACCGUUUCCGCACACCAAAGUGCAGAAGCCGCUCUGAGUGACAUUUUACCUUCCCAUGGCAUAACAGAAAUUAGUCUUGUUGAUGAUAAACUGCAGGUGUCACACACGUCAAUACAUGAGGGGGCAGUAAGCACACUGGAAAAGGAUCAUAUAGAGGUGGAAGAAAAUACCGGACAUAUUAUAUACAAAGAUACGCCAUCAGGAACUAGAACCGCUGUCAACAGAGUGAGCGACAACUGCAUCAUGUUCACCCCUGCGCUCUCAGUCGGCAUCCUCUACCUUAACUGUCGCUCAGGCCAGGUUAUUCCCAUGGAGGAAAUUAGGAAAUUUGUACACUAUGCAAAUUGUCGAAAAUAUAACAACAUCGUCAUCCGGAAACACACAUCAUUGGUGUGCUCCGAUUUACCUACUGAAGUCAGGACUCUAGACGUGCAGAAGAUCACCGGCACAUGGAAGCUGGCGGCCAUCGCAUCCAAUGUAGCACAAAGUGAUGUGUUCCUACCUCCUGAAAUACAAUUUGUUGUGAACAACGAGGACGUAACAAUCACAGAUGGCAGCUGGAGCAGUACACUGGGGAAAGUAGGAGAUAGACGACUGCACUUUGCAAAAGCUGGUGAAAGUGUGAUGGAAAUGAGAUUUCAUGAACCUCUGGGAGACUCCCUACUUUCCUGGGUUGGCAACACGACCGAGCACAAGGUCUUCCUUGUCCUGUUUUCUAAAUCCGGCCGGGCCACAGCUGAGGACGUUGCCAAGUUUAAGCACUUUGCAUCCUGCCUGUCUAUCGCUGUGACAUUUGUACAUGAAUAAAGAUUCUAGAUAAAACAGCGCGACAGGAGGCUUGCUGAAUCUCUCGCCGAGUCACAUGAUGUGCGCCAAUCCAUGACCCCUCUAGCAGCAGUGUAAUAUGGAAUAUAUGGCUGGACGGGAAGUCUGCCGGUGUAAAGACGCAUGACAGGAAUUAGAGGAAUCAAUAAAACAUAGCUGGAAAUAUAAAUUAGUAGCAGUUUUAGAAAUGUGCUAACAAGAAAAUAAAGUAUUUAAAAUUG